UUUGGAACUACGAAUAACGAAACUCGUAAUUUUUUACAUUACAUCAGUCACCAUCGCCAGCGUGGAUAACGUCAAUAUUAAAAUAUUAGAUGUGAAAAAGAUUAAACUUGUAAUUAAAUGACGUUUUAGAUUAUAGUAAAGCUUGCGAUCAUAAUACAACUUAUUUGCACCAAGAAGAUGGAUUCGAUGCGAGUGCAGACUUCUAGAAGAUUUAUUACACUUUUUGUUUUUGUGCUUACCUAUAACUUUGCUGUCACAGAACAAACUAAAUAUGAUGUAGGAAAUAGCCCUUUAACACAGAGCAUAAAGCAAGGAGACAUUGUUUUAUUAAAAAAUGACAGAGUCCGUCGAGACACUUCUGUGACGAGUACCACAACCAACAAUAGCAGUAACUUGAGCUCUUCAACGUCUAAUGAUAGCACAACUAACUCAACAUUACUACCCACACCUACUGCAGCAUCUGAAAAUGGCACUCAGGAUUCAAAAAAAACUGCAUUAACAGUAAAUGCAAAGCAUACGUCACUCUUAGGCUUCAACGGCACUGGAAUAUUACAUGUGACAAUUCCUAAUAAUACACCUACUGUGAGCGAGCCUAUCACACCAGAUAAUGAUACAACUGACGUUUUCAAAGACACACUUGAAACUAUCAAAGCCAAAAAGAAUUUAACCGACAUACAAUUGGAUCACCACGUAUUCUACAACAGUACAUUUUUGGGUAACACUGAAUUUUUCAACGAAUACUGGUCUAAUAUUACAAAACAAAAGGCUGACAUACACGAAGUUCUUAGUAAUUCACACCGGCGCGCCACUACUAUUAAUUUGAGUUUUGACUUCAUGUUUUACGGUAAUCCUGUGAAGAAUAUUACGGUCGCAACUGGCGGGUUUAUAUUCAUAGGUGACCACGUACAUAAUUGGUUAGCUGCGACACAAUAUAUAGCACCAUUGAUGGCUAAUUUUGACACAACACUUGGCAAUGACAGCGUUGUUAAGCAAUACGACGAUGGUGAGAAAUUCGUUGUGUUUUGGGAAAAUGUGACAUUACAAGAAAACUCCAGUGACCCCUUCACAUUCGCAGUUGUCCUAUAUAAAAGUGGAGAUAUUGCAUUUGUAUACAAAGACAUACCAUUCCCCAUACAAAAUAUUAGUGACAAAGAGCAUCCAGUCAAAGUAGGCAUAAGCGAUGCCUAUCUCACCGGACAAACGUACUUACAUGUGAAACACAAGACUAUCUAUGAGUACCAUCGUGUAUCGUUCAAAAACUACGAAAUAUCUAACCACACCAUAUUAAUGCUGAUCGCUUUGCCAACUUGUCUUGUCUAUGACACGUGUGAAGAUUGCGCCAAUCAUGAAACACACUUUAACUGCUCAUGGUGCCCCAACAUUAAUAAGUGUUCAAGUGGAAUAGACAAAAUUAAAUACGACUGGGCUAUUCAUCAUUGCGAAGCUGUCGCGAUCAAGGACCAAACAACUUGUCCGGCGCGUGUCAGUCACACAUCUGAUACCAAGAAUACAAUCUACACGACUGAUAAUCGUUCGGAUGAACAAGAAGCACGCAAAUUGCACACAGAAGGUACACCAGAUGUUCCGGUUCCGAAGCAACACUCUACAAUCGGUGGUGUAGUGGUCUCAUUGGUCAUUGUCAUUUCGCUGUGCAGUUUUGCUGGAUGGGUUCUCUACGCUUUCAAAAAUCCACACACACGAAGCGGUCAAUUACUUAUCAGGUAUCGGCCAUCGCAAUGGAGCUGGCGACGUGGUGAGGCGCGAUACACGGCGGCAACUAUACAUAUGUAAAAUAAUGUUAUAUAUUUUAUAAGUGGCCCAUUUGGCCUUCCGUAGACAAGACACUUUUAGCAUAAAAAUAUUAAUUGUACUUAACUUUUAGGUUAUCUCGUAAAUUUUAUAAGUAGCCGUUCUCGAACAAAUGUACUUUAACAUAGGGAAUCUCGAAUUUCCAAAAUAUUAUUUAUAUCAUAAUCAUUAUUUGUUAUUUUUAUUUAAUUAUAAAAAUAAAUAUGACUUCCACGAUUUGUUUUCCGUAAUAUAAAUUAAUGCUAAAAGUAUCCUGUGUGCGUAUUUUAAUGUGAAUUAUAUAUAGGUGUUAAAAUAUUGACCAAUUGAUAAUUGACAUUGUCGCAGAAUUUAAAAUUAACAAUUUUCACUAUAAAAUGUUUCUAAAAUCCGUCCUUUAUAAAUCUGUAAUAAUCAAUUUUUAAUGUUAAGUCAAAGUAUAUUAUGUAAAAAAUCGUGCCCGUGUAUGUUUAUUCCUAUUAGAAUAAACAUACAAUAAUGUUAAAUGCAUUUAAAAUAUCGUUUAGCUUAGUAAUAUUAAAAUAAUUGCCUCGGUAAUACCUCCAUGACUUUUUUAAAUUCUUCUAAAUUUUGUACAAUUUUUUUUUAAGUAUUGUAUUAAACUCUAUGCUCUAGACUAUUAUGAAAUAAAAUUUUAAAUAAUUAAAAAUUUACAUUCGGAAUUAAAAUAUUUUUAAAGACAAUGUCAAUUACAAUGCUUACACUAAUUACCGAUCCGUCUCUAGCGGCUUAUAUAAACAUUAACAAAUAACCUUAAUCGAACUUAUUACCUUUAUCUGACGAAUUAUUAAAAAAAUAAAAAAUAUGUAAUACAUAUUAGUGUAGCAAUGUAGGAUCGGUAAUAAUACAUUUAAUGUAGGUUAGAAAAUACUUAUGGCAGUUUGAUAUUACUUAAUUUUUCUAUCACCGAGCACUUUAUAACAUUCCGUCUUGCAGUUAAACCAAGUCAAAUGUAUUUAAUUAAAUUUUACAAUCACCUUAAUAACCUGUUGUUUCAUAUCAACAGCACAUGAGCUACUUUAUAAACCUGAUUCCGAAUUAAAAUUGCCUGGCAAUGGCACAAAGUGCUGAUUGCAUCAAUAAUUAGGUCAUCAACGAUGUCAAGUUUGCAUAAUAAUGAUGCUAAAUUGACGGAUUAUUUCGUGGCUCUGUGAUGUCUUUGUGAAAGUGUUCAAUUUUGUGGUGUUUCCUAUAUCUUUUCAAUUUAUUUGUUUGACAUAUAAAUAUAUUUGAAACGGAUAUCAAAGCUGGACUAAUGGUGUUCCAUGUAUUGUUAUUUUAGUGUAAAAUUACAAAUCAGCAGAAAUUCGCUGUCACGGCAUGCACGUUUAUUAUAAUAGUUAUUUUCGUAGAGAUAGUGUUGCCAAAGUUGGUUAGUAUUGGUAAAUUAUUCGUUUCCAUGGUCGAUAGAAAAAAAACAGAUUAAAAAAAAUAUUAAAUCAUAAAAAUUUAAUCUGUUUGCGUAGAAUUGUGUUGUCAGUCUGUAGUUAUGAAGGGUGUUCUAAUAUAUAACAUCCACGAUUUUUUUUUUAUUUACGACUUUUAGUUCGUCUAUUGCGAUUAUUAUAUUUGUUUGUAUAACUUUGGCAACAGUAUGGUAAGUGCCUUAUUUUAUGCCUUGGUAGCUUAAAAUAUACUUAAUCUUAUCUAAAACUAUAUUCAAAUAUUAUUUACUUAAACUUUAUAGAAUUAUUUAGUACGUAAUUAUUGGUUUGAGCCAUAUACUUUUUUGAUAAUGUUCGUAUUGAAAACUACUGUAUUAUACCAGAACUUAUUUUUCCUUAGAACGAGAAAUCAUUGGCCUAAACAACUACUUUGAUAAAAUUAUAGACGUAUUGUGUAAUUAAUUGUAAACAUUUGUAAACUAACUUCCCUUAUGUGAGAUGUUGCUCAUGUAACUUUUUAUUGUAAUUGUUUACUAUAACUGUUUACUAUAAUUUUACAGUUAACAUAAGUUUGUGUGACGCCACGGACUAACAUACGUCAAUGUACUUCGAGCCAGCUUCCAGCAACGAGCCAUUAGUAAAUGUUUUGUACUAAACUUAUUCUCGAGUUCCGUAAGACAGAUUGUCCAAAAGUUCCGUCCUAUAAAAGACUUCGUUUUACACUUUUACUAGACUUGAUAAUAUAAAAUUCUAGUAUAAUCUUUUCGAAACAUGUAUCUGUUUUUCUUGUCUGUAUAAUUAUGAAGGCAUCUUCAUCUUACAAGUUCAAAAUACUACAUUUACUUAAAGCGCAAACAUUACUUCUUAGUGACCUUCCGACAAGUGUUUUUUGUCCAUCAUGAGCAUUAAGGUAUCCUUGUAUUGGCGGCAUUCCAUUAAUGCCAGACGGACCCGGGCUAACGAUACAACAGUUGCCUUGGGUCAUCCCUGCGACAGAUUGGUUGAAAUCGAAUAAAACUGAUCUUAACUACCACAUUAUUUUCAUUAUACUGUUUAUGUGUAGAACAUAUUAGGUUUAAAAAAAGAUCUAUAUCGAUCUCUUUCAUCUCAUCUUAUGGAACUCAUAAUAUCAAAAUCUAUGUUAAAUUGUUCUUGUAUUAAUUAUUAUUGUCUUUUUUUCUAAAGCGGAUUCUUAGAUUUAUUGUUUUGAUGUCGAGGUGAUAUUAUGUGUAAAAUAUAUUCAUUACGUUAA